AAUGGCUACAAAUUUGCGCAUCAUAGACACGUCACUGAAACGAGGGUAGCCAUUAAAACCAUUCCAACACCAUGGGCGAAUAUGGAGAGCUCCAGCUGACGGACUUCGUGGUCGAUGAGCAGCCCAGCAGCUUCCUAAGGCUCACUAUGAGCCGUCGCAUCAAGGACAAAACGAUUGCAGAGCCCAAACUCAUCCCGUUCCUGCUGCAGCUGCUUCAGUCCGAGUCUGCAGCGGAUUCUACCACUUACGAUGCCGAUUCUGUUGUGAAGCGCGUGCUUUAUGGCACUGGAUCGCGUCGUGUGGUGCUCUUGGAUUUGUGCGACGUUCCAGUGGCUGAGAAACUCCGCGAACUUCUUCAUGAGAAGCCCUGUGAGCUUCUGGGUCGACGUCCCAUGUACGCGGAGUUCGCGAUGCCUCGCAAGGAGCAGGAGGCGCGCGAUCGGCUGCUGAGAGUGCACAACGUGCAACGCAAUGCGGGUCCUCCUGGAUUGAGAGUCCCUGGGUUGAGAUUCGAGGCAGAAUUCAUCACUGAAGCACAGGAAGCUGCCUGUGUGGCGUUCUUUGAGCGGGAAAAUGGAGCCCACUGGGCGAACACCAUCCGAGCGAGACAGGUGCAGCACUUUGGCUACGAAUUCAACUACGAUACACGCAGAUGUGACCCGGAUCAGCCCAUCAACGAACCCAUUCCAGAGGUGCUGCAGCCCAUUAUUGACAGGAUCGUAGAGUGCGGGAUCAUGGACGGCGACAGACCCGAUCAGAUCACGGUGAACGAGUAUCUACCUGGACAAGGAAUUGCCUUCCAUACGGACACCCACUCAGCAUUUACGACGACGAUCGCGUCGUUAAGUAUCUGUAGUGAAGUGGUUAUGGACUUCCGCCACCCGGAUGGUGUCCAGAAUGAAGGCGUUCUGCUACCAGCGCGUUCACUGGCUGUUAUGAGCGGUGCUAGUCGCUACAAGUGGGAACACGCUAUCGUUCCACGUACAUUCGAUGUAAUAGACGGAAAGCAGGUCCCUCGGCAGCGUAGAGUGAGCAUCACGUUCCGUAAGAUCCGAUCGGGUCCGUGUGAAUGCUCUUUCCCCAAGUACUGUGAUACCAAAGAGCGUGAGGGACAAGAAGAUGCUGAGGAAGAAGAACAAGAUGCCUCUGGGGCGGAGACGACUAGUUUGGCGCCUACUACAGUGGAGAAACAGUACGUUCAUGAGUUUUAUGAGACGGUAGCCGCACAUUUCAGCAGCACACGACACAGUCCGUGGCCGAGAGUUGCUCAGUUUGUGGCUUCAUUGCCGAGUGGAUCAAUGAUCGCUGAUCUCGGUUGCGGGAAUGGCAAGUACAUGAAAUGUGUGGACUCAUCCCAGAGCUUCGUUGUUGGCGGUGACCGCAGUUCGCGACUUGUGAACAUUUGUGGACACCGCGGUCUUGAUGCGAUGGUGUGCGACGCACUGGCAGUCCCGUUGCGGUCUAACUCGUGCGAUGCCGCGCUGUCAAUUGCUGUACUUCAUCAUCUCAGUACUCUUGGACACCGUCUAGCAGCUGUGAAGGAAGUGCUGCGUGUUCUACGUGUGGGCGGACGUGGGAUCAUCUACGCAUGGGCACAUGAGCAGAUGAAGGGCUCCCGUCGUCGCUUCGAGGAAGGAAGGCAAGACUUUAUGGUGCCUUGGAACCUUGACAAGCGCUUUGCGUUCUCCACUGAAGAAGACUCUGUUGAAGCUAGCGAGACCUGCGAAAUGGAGACCGAAAAGGACCCUAGCGAGGAUGGAGAAGGACCUGGUGACGACAAGUCGACUACGAAGGUGCAAGAGCCCGUGGUGGUUCAGAGAUACUGCCACAUGUUCAAACAAGGCGAGUUGGAAAAACUAGUCGAGCUUGCAGGCAACGCCCAAGUGGAGGAGAGUUACUUCGAUGAAUCCAACUGGGCUGUGAUUCUUCGACGAGUUAGCUGAUCCAAUGGCAAAAGCCUCAUGUUGUGAAUAGAGUGCCUACACAGUUAUGACGGUAAUGUCGGUCCAUGCCUCAUGACUUUCCACAUCUCUUUCUGAGUCAACCUCGGUUGUUCGUCUUCGUCACUGUCUGCAGAGCUCGCUCUUCGUCUUCUUGGCUUUGCCUUGGGGUCUGUUCGCUGUAUCUCCUGCUUGUAAGUUAAGUUGUGUGUUGGCAAGAUGAACGAGGAAGAGCAGGCAUCAUAGAUGCCAGGUCCGAUGGUGUGGGCACUGGCGUGGCCCGCUGCGACCAUCGAGGUCAGCAAAUCUCGACUAGCUACGCUACCGAAAGCAUUAGUUUGUUUGCGUCGCAGCGGAGAUAGCGGAAAAAGGUCACUUGCAACGUCACUUUUUCCAUUCUCGCCUUCAUUGGUCUUGUAACAAGGCUCAUAGCUUCCUGGCCCUCUUCGAUAUGCUUCAAGCGCAGGGACAUUCUUACCAAACCGCUGGAACGUUAGUUCACGAAGAUUAGGAGAUGCAAGACGCUUUCCCAAACGCUACAGAAUAAUCACAGGUCUGUUAGAAGCA